AUGGAUUGGAUAUGUGAAAGGAAAAGAGCAUAUGAGAAUACAAUAAAAUCACAUGAUUAUAACAAAAAGCUAUUUGAUAAAAAUCGAAAAGACAUGGAAUUCAACGUAAGAGAUAUGGUGUAUGUGGAAAAUGGAAACAAAAUAAACAGGAGAAAACUGGAUGAACUGAAGAUUGGACUGUACAAGAUAAGAGAGAGGAUAUCAAAUUCAAUCUAUAGGAUUAACACAGGUCACAAGAAAACAGAAUCGAAUAACUUCCAUAUAACGAAACUUAUUCCAGCCUCUACAUUGGAUGUUGAAAAACCAGCUAACUUGACUUCAAGAUGA